CAAAAUUUUAAAUUAUUCAAAACAUUUGUACAAACUUGUUUCUAGAAAAAUAACAUUUAAAAAAAAUUUGUGAUGGAAGUAUUCGUAAAUGCUUAUUGAAUAUUUACCCUACAAUUUCAAUAAUAAUUGGAAAUGGAGCGAAAUUCUUCAGCAAAAUCGCGUAUUUCUAAGAGAAGAAAAAGUAAAAGGGGGAAAGGUAAGAAAAAUAACGAAAAUUUAAUUGAUUCUUCAUGGGAAGUAAUACAUCCAGAUCCUCCGAAUAUUUAUACGUUGUUUGUUAACUUUGAUAAACAAUUUUUUUGGAACAAAUUAAGAGCUGUAAAUGUAGUGUGGAGUAAAAGAAUGACAUCAUGUGCUGGUACAUGUACUUUUAAGCGGCGCAUAGGAGAAUGUACAGUUAGAUUAAGCGAACCUUUAUUGAAAUUAAGACCUAGGAAAGAUUUAAUUCAAACUCUGUUGCAUGAAAUGAUUCAUGCUUACUUAUUUCUUACACGCAAUGAUUGGCACAGAGAAGGUCAUGGGCCUGAAUUUCACAAGCACAUGUAUCGUAUUAAUAAUAAAACUGGAAUAAAUAUUACGGUUUAUCAUAAUUUCCACGAUGAAGUACGACUAUAUAAAACUCAUUGGUGGCGAUGUAACGGCCCUUGUCAGUAUCGACAUCCAUUUUAUGGGUGGAUCAAACGGGCUACAAAUCGAGCUCCAGGUCCUUAUGAUCAUUGGUGGUUAAGGCAUCAAUGUACUUGCAAUGGUACUUUCAUAAAAAAAAGAGAACCUGAUAAAACAUUGAAAAAUCCAGGUGAUUUUUCAACAAAGUCUGUACCAGUAACAAAUAUACGACAAUAUUUACAUAACUUAAAUUCAAAUCAAGUUCCAAUUCAUACAAUCGCUGAUUUAUCAACAUAUUAUAAAAAUUUACAUCAAAAAACAAAUUCUAAUUCAUUACAAAUUAAUAAUUCCAAUUCAUUUUCGGAAAGUCUAAAUUCAAGUGACGAUGAAUUGUUGAAUGAGACUGUGAAAACUAUAGAUAAUCGAAACGAACAUCAAUUAGUUAAUGUUCGUAAUUUUUGGGCAAAUAAUUAUCCUGUAAAUGGAAGUUCCAAACGGCCUGUCUCGGAACUUGCACUCAAUAAUUCAAAAAAAUCAAGAAGUGAAGACACCAACUUUGAUGAAAUUUGCACUUAUAGCAGCGAUACUAAACUAGUUGAAGUAUCAAUAACUAUGGAAAAUGUUUAUAAAAACGUUUGUGACUUUUGGACAAAUAAAUAUCCUGAUAAAAAUAAAAAAGGACACACUUCAGACCAGAAAAAUGAAAGUGUUGUGUUAAUUGAUAGUCAAGAUAGUGAUGCCGAUAGCGAUGUGAUCGAAAUUGUGAAUGAGAUACCUGUUAUUGAUUUAUGCGUAGAUGAGGACACUAUUUGCCCUAUUUGUAGCAAAUCAGUUGAAACAUCUGAAUUUAACAAACAUAUCGAUUCAUGCUUAGCAUUUAGUUUUAAUGAUAAUUUUGAGGAGCUUGACGAUCCAACAACAAAUAAUAAGUCGCCACACAAAGAAAUUAAUUGUUUCGUUUGUAAUAAGUUAGUAAAUGAAACACUAUUAAAUGUUCACUUAGAAACUUGUAUGGCAGAUGUUUUUGAGGAUGAAAUUAUUGAUCCUGAAAAUAAUAAUGAAUUCUAAAAUUAAAUGGCCAUUCCUACUUCCCCGAAUAGAUCAAGAGUCAAAGAAAUUGAUGAUAUCAAAAUAUCAAAUACUGUCAAAUAUCGUAAAAUAAAAUUUUCAAAAUGUAUUUUUUAGACGAAUCAAACAUUUCCAUAAAAAAAAUUAUCCAACGCGUUUGCUAUGUUUGAUGAACUGUUUGAUAGAGUAAGGAGCCUUUUAGUUACCGUAUAAUUUCUGUUAAAGGUAGUAUAGCAGUAUCGAAAGAUAUUUAAAAGAUAUAAUUAAUUAAAAUUAUGCCAAGUUACAUGGACUCUUUUGACUGUCUCUGUUUAGUAACGUCGAAAAUUGAUGGUUUGUGAAAAAUUAGCACAGUUUAUCUCAAAAAAAAGGAGAUCUAAAAAGUAGUUCUAUAUUCAAUAGAACUUAAUAGAAGUAAAUCUUUCAAACGUACACUGAAAAAAUUCUAAACCCUAUAAUUUUUAUUAUCAUAAUCUAGUUUCUAUCGUUGUUGUUAAUCGAAAAUAUUAAAACGUAUUAUGCGCACAAAUUUGAAUUGUGUAAAAUUCCUUAGAUUAUAUAUAACGCGCUU